AUGAAAGCUGACGUUAGAGGCAUUAUUAUUCUCAACAUUUUGGUAGCUACAUUUCUAUUUAUGGGAGCUGGGAUUUUUCACGUCCUCGAAAGUCCAAACCAGUAUGGCCAAGAUCACCAAUUUCACGAACAAAUCAAUCAAGCUACUUUACACAGUUUACACAAAAACCUGAGCAUAAGCAUGCCGAAAAAUGAAUUCGAUAACUUGGUGAAAAAUGUUUACAAACUGAAGAUAAAUUGUCCAUCAAGAUUAUCAAGUAGUUACAACUGGUCGUACUCCGGUUCACUCUACUUUUCAGCAAGCGUUAUAACCACUAUCGGUAUGUAUUUUUUAUAACUUUUCGCAUUAUGUAAAAGUCAAAUUAGAAGUGGUCGUGGGUUUUUACACAUAUUCCCUAUUCUUAGCUAAAAGAACAGGAGCACAAUAUCCUUCCAUUUUUGAACUUGCCUUGACAACUAUAUAUAAUUUGCAAAAAUAUCCGUUUGGACGGAAGCCGCCCAAGCCGUACAAAUACCAUUCUCGUCCCCAGCGCUACUCGGCUUAAUUUGUAACCGACCCCUCGUUUCCCGAACACGUGACCAAGAAAAGACGGGCUCUGGGGGCGAGAAUGCCCCCCCCCAAAUCGUCCCAAUGCCAUUUGCGCUAUACUAGUGAGUGGAGGAGGCUUGGAACCGAGCGUGAUAGCGCUCCCUGGUGGAUCGCAAAAGAAGAAUUCUCGUGGGCUUAUUAUCCUAGCCUUUGAGUGAACUGAGGCUGAGGUUGACCUUGUUUUAAUAGAAACCUACCUCUAUUACUUAUGAAAAUAAUGCUUUAAAAUACUAUUUGGCAUAAGAACAACAUGAGUUACAUGAGGAAGCAGGAAGGGUUAUAUCGAGGUCAACUCCAGCCUCGUUUCCACCUGUAACUGUAAAAUGGGCUAUCGGUGACGUCAGAUCCGAACUCUCUGAGGACGAUUAGGAAAGAUACUUGCCGUUUGUGCGCGUUUAUGGCAAACCUGGAUUAAGAAAGAUUUCCCUCAAAUAUUGAAACACUCAGAAAGAAAAAGUUCUGAGCACCCUCUAGCUGGCUAAAUCGAAUCAACACCCCUCCAGUAUAACGGUUGAAGUCUCUUGCCACUGAGCUACGCGAUACUGAUUAAUUUUGUUUUAUUCCAGGUUAUGGACAUAUGGCACCCUCCACCUUCGCUGGUCGAAUGUUUUGUAUAUUCUACGCGUUAGCUGGAAUACCAUUGUGCAUGUUGACACUGAAGGUGAUGGGCGAUAAAAUAAACGAACUACUGGGAAGCUUCUUCAUUAUGAUCAGUACCAAACGCCAGCUAAGAGAAGGCAAGAGGACUAAAAUAAAGGUCAUGUCAACUUUGGCAGGAAUAGCCUUAGUCUUUCUCUUUCUCGGCGGAUCACUUUAUUUAUCAGAGGACUGGAGCUACUUCGAUGGAGUGUACUAUUGCUUUAUAGGUAAAGUUAUAAUGGGCGACCGCACGUCAAUAGGGGUCUUGGAAUUUCAUUCAUUAUUUAUUCGGAGAAGCGUAGAUUACAUCCCAUCGAGAUCAAACCUCUAAGGCGAUCUUCGCUCUUGCUGAGAUUUCAUUUGCCAUUAAUUAUAAGAGGAAACUUGGGAAAGGGUGUAUAAUUCAUGUAUAAUUACUUUAUCCAAAUAUCUUUUCUUUUUUCAAGAAAUUAGUAGAAAGUAGAAACCUUAGCUUUUCAUUACUUUCAAUUUCUUAACUCUUACAAAUUUUACUCGUUUGACCGCGUCACUAACCUUCCUAAACCAGUUUGUGUUCAUACUUGUCGUCACCAGGGCUUCUCCGUUUUCUAAUAAAAGAAAAAGUCCUGCGGAUGAAGUUGAUCAGUAGCAAUCAGUUAUAUGAGGAGAACACACAGGCAGUGUUACUCACUUAGCCCACAGUUAUUAGAGGAGACUGGUUAUGAAAAGCGGCAAACAUCAAUGAUAAGAACAACAGUGCUGCAGUUUAUGUUGGAAGUACCGUGAAAGUGCACAAUCCUUUGUUUUCUGUUGGCAAAUUGUUACGGAAUAAAUUAAUGCAACGUUUUUAUUGGUCAAUACAAUCAAAAUGAUAGGAAUUCUUUUGAACGUUGUGCACUUUCAGGUCCACAAAAACAUAUAACAAAGGAGUCUGACGGGUUUCCUAACCAUUCCACGCAAUGAACUAUGCUUAGCCCUAAAAUGAACUCAUUAUACCGUGUUUGUUUCAGCAUUGAGUACCAUUGGGUUUGGGGAUAUGGUUCCCACAAAAGGCAGCGCACCCUCAUCAGCGAUUCAAACACUGGAAUAUAUCAUCCGGGGUUUAUACCUUGUAAUCGGCCUCGUCCUGGUGUCGAGUCUUGUUUCGUCUGUGGUAUCUGCCUUAAAGGUGUUGGAUGGAUGGGAUUGUUGUAGGCGGACAAGAUGUGAGUAUAAAUAA